UGGCACGCGCACGUCUUACGUCCCAUCGCUGACUUCCGCGCGCUAAAAGCAACCAAUAAAAUAAAAUCGUGUGUGAAAAUACCCCGGCAGUGUUUUGUUUUUGCUGCUAACCCUGUGACGUCACUGGAGCUUUGAAUUUUUUGAGAUUUGACCGAAGGAUCUACGCAAGGAGAUUUUUUUCAGAAACAGUGUAGUCGCGGUCAAACUCGCAUCAAGAACAAAUCAGCUAGAGGUACAAAAGCCAAAGUGAAAUCCGCAAAGAAAUGUCAUACACGAGCCGCCUGCUGUGCCGAUCCCACCAAACCGUGUACCACUGAAACUACCAUGACAUCCGAGGAACCGAUUGACGUUGAGUCCAAAAAACCAGACGGAAUCGUCGCAGAGAGCAACAGAACUGACAAGAACAUAAACGAACGAAAACUUAAACGUUCCGAGGAAUUGAUGAGACUAGUCUACGAACUACCUGAUGAAUUAGACGAACCGGAAAACAACAACAUGCUAAAAGAUAAUCCACCGAUCACCAUCUUAGAGAUAACAGAUCAGAAUGGUUGUGAAACAGAGCUAGAUAGUGCCAGAGAAUGUGAUAGUAAUAAUCUUACAGUUUUAGGUUCUAGUCCAGAAUUAGGCUUUAAGGUCGUAUACGACAGUAAUGAAGUGAACGAUGAGUAUAGAGAGGUGAUAGACAGGUCGACACCUGACGACUGCAGCGACGAGGACUUGGCAGAGCUGAAGAGGCUGUUGGAGGCAAAGCCAAAGUUGUUGGAGCGAUACGUGAAGGAAUGUGCUUCAGCGGAUGAGGUGGUUGUACUGCAGAAUAUAACGUCAUCGGGUCCUCUCUCCCCAAGGCCGCGGCAUGAGGCGCGAAGUACGUCGGUGACGUCAGACCUCUUCCAACUAUGGCUCUCAUCGUCGCCUGUUAAGAGAUCGAGAUCACCGAGCGGGUCUGCGCAGAGGCAGCUUGACGAGGCGGAUCUAUUCAUGGACCUGAUCAAGGAUGUGGCCAACGAGCUGGACAUAGACGUGCUUUGCCAUAAGAUCCUGGUAAAUGUCUGUCUCCUGACUUCAGCAGACAGAGGCAGCUUGUUCCUGGCUAAAGGAAUACCACCCCACAGAUACCUGCAGGCCAAACUCUUCGACGUCACCAGAGAUACAGAACUAACUGACGCUCUAAGGACAACGCGGACUCAGGAGAUCAAGAUACCCUUCGGCGUUGGAGUAGCAGGCUUAGCGGCGCAGACCAAGAACCAUAUUAACAUCAAGAAUGCCUACUCCGACCCCAGGUUCAACAGUGAAAUCGACGCCCGGACGGGAUACAAAACUGAUUUGAUCCUGUGCAUGCCGAUAUGUAACUACGAAGGUGACGUGGUCGGUGUGGCACAGAUUAUAAACAAGACUGAUGGCUCCAAAGAAUUCUCCAAUCGAGACGUGGAGGUCUUCCGGCGUUACCUCACGUUCUGCGGCAUUGGGAUCCAAAACGCUCAACUGUUCGAGUCGUCAGUGCUGGAGUACAAACGCAACCAGAUCCUAUUAGCCCUCGCCAGGAGUAUCUUCGAAGAGCAAAGCAAUUUGGAGUGUUUGGUGACAAAGAUUAUGACAGAAGCAAGGGAGCUGCUCAAAUGCGAACGGUGUGCCGUCUUUAUUUUGGAUACGGAUCAUUGUGAAUCGAGCCAUCUAGAGCGCAUAGUCCAGCGCCCCGGUGGCAGAGUAUCUGAGAUCCCAGCGCUACCGCCGCCAGCGCCAACUCGCUUCCACACCAUGUUCGAACUUGGCGCCAAACAGUCCAAACGGACCCUCACGCCGAUGCAUAACAAGCAAUCGACCCUAGCUGCUAUUGCCCUUGCGGUGGCCCAAAACAACAAAGCUUUGAACAUAUCUGACGUGGACGAUUGGCGGCGAGAGAACAAGAUGACGUUGGAAAGUAUCCCUGAUGACGCCGUCAGCAUCCGAACCAUGCUCUGUAUGCCAAUUGUCAAUGCUAAUAAGGACGUCAUUGGUGUUGCGCAACUUAUUAACAAGGAAAACGGCAGUCAAUUUACGGACGGAGAUAUAUCAAUAUUCGAGGCCUUCGCGAUAUUCUGUGGUCUCGGUAUCCACAACACACAGAUGUACGAGAACGCUUGUAAAUUGAUGGCCAAACAAAAGGUGGCGUUAGAAUGCCUAUCGUACCACGCGACGGCAUCCGCUGAAGACACCUAUAAGCUGUCCAAUGAUGACAUUCCCUCCGCUGAAACCUUCAACUUGUACAGCUUCCAGUUCCAUGACUUCGACUUGUCAGAUGAAGACACUUGUCGAGCUACUUUGAGAAUGUUCCUGCAAUGCAACCUUGUCGAGAAGUUCCACAUUCCUUACGACGUCCUAUGUCGCUGGAUACUUAGCGUGAAAAAGAACUACCGUCCAGUAAAGUACCACAAUUGGCGACACGCUCUAAACGUCGCCCAAACCAUGUUUGCGAUGCUAAAGACGGGAAAAAUGGAACGGUUCAUGAAUGAUCUAGAAAUCCUUGGACUUCUAGUAGCCUGUUUGUGCCACGAUUUGGACCACAGAGGCACAAACAACGCUUUUCAAACGAAAACAGAGAGUCCUCUAGCGAUUCUAUACUCAACUUCUACGAUGGAGCAUCAUCACUUCGAUCAGUGCGUCAUGAUCUUGAACAGUGAGAGCAAUAAUAUUUUCCAGGCACUAUCACCCAGCGACUACAAAGACGUGAUGCGUGUGGUGGAGACAGCCAUCUUGUCCACAGAUCUCGCCAUGUACUUCAAGAAGAAGUCCAAGUUUUUGGAGCUCGUCGACAACGGAGAGUUCGAUUGGCAGAGUGAGGAGAAGAAGGAAUUGCUAUGCGGCAUGAUGAUGACAGCAUGCGACGUGUCAGCCAUUGCCAAGCCGUGGGAGGUUCAGCACAAAGUAGCCAAACUGGUGGCUGAUGAGUUUUUCGACCAGGGAGACUUGGAGAAACUGCAGCUCAACCAACAACCUAUUGCUAUGAUGGACAGGGAGAAGAAAGACGAGCUCCCGCACAUGCAAGUGGGCUUCAUCGACACGAUCUGUCUACCCCUAUACCGGGUGCUGUCCGACACGUUUCCAUGGAUACAGCCACUGUACACCGGCACGAUGGAGAACCGUCAGCGCUGGAAGGACUUGGCGGAGAAGGUGGAAAUGGGGCUCACGUGGAUCGACCAUGAUACUAUUGAUAAACCUAUUGAGGAGUUUACUGCAUCCAAUGAGCCUAUAAAGGAUGUGGAGUUCACGGUGACAACCCUCAACUGCCCGAAGGCGAACGAAACAGCUGCUCCGGUGAAGACCAGGUUCCACUCGUUGAGGCGAGCUCGAGGAAGCGGGAAGACUCCUGGAAGGAGUGACAGGAGCAAGCUUACUAGUCUAUUCCAGAUCGCUCUACCAACCAAGCAGUCGCGAAGGAGAGAAAGAGAGGCCACUAGUGAAGAAGGAGACCGCAAGCACGACGCCAACGACCGUACUCUCCGAGACGCCGGAGGGUCCGAUCAGCAAGGUUAAACACAAAGGCCGUCUCUGCCAUAUGUUGUGACGGUUAAGUUUUAACUGGGGUAGCCAGAGCAGUACAGAGAAAGCGGACAGAGUAAAACCGUCCAAAUCGAUUGACUAGACUUCAUCCGGCCCGUGAUUCAACACUACAUGACUGGUAAACGUUACCUAUUACUAUUACCUACUACAUAAAUGUAUAAGUACAUUAUUUUAUCUUUUAUGUAGGUACUUAUUUAAAUUAAAAUUCUUAUUCAUUGAUAACAGCAAUAAUAGUGCAGAAUUAGUACUUGUUGUUAUACUAUGAUAAAUGGAAAAAUACUAGAAAAGGGUGAAUAUCAAAAUGUUUAGUUUGGUGGCGAACUUUCAUAUUAUUAUAUGAAUCAACCUAAAGGCAUAUACCUGAUCCGUUCCGUCGUGGGUAAAAAGGAUAGUUCUAUCGACGAGAAACAAGUUACCUCGUAGCUAGAACUAUCCUUUUUCAUGUCGGAACCCAAUUUUUCACGAAAAAAUAAUAUGAAAGUUCGCCACCAAACUUGGCACAUUUUGAUAUUCACCCAAAAAAGCUUUUGGUAUAGGCUCUAUAAUUUUAGAUAUGGCAAUAAUAUUAGCCUUAUAUUAGACAGCUUAAUACACUUAGUUAUUGCUCUGAUUAAUACAAUACAAUGACUACAAUGAUACAAUACAAUACAAUGAUUUAUGAGUGAUAAUUCUUUAGUGUUGCCUUAAUGUCUACUAUUUUAUUCCACCACCACCGUUCGUGGUAUUGUAACCACCGAAAUAGAGUCUGGCUAGCGAAAACUGUCUAAAAGAAACGGAAAGGUUAAAAAUGAUGACAGCAAAACGUCAAAAUAUUACCACAAUUAUUUUCUAACUUGUAGUCGAUUCUCUGUGUAUUUAACCUUGUCAAAAAUGGGUAUGUUUACCAGUACUCUAUGGAUUUGAAAUCCAUUUUUCGAUCUAAAUUCGAAUUUGCGAAUUAAAUGAGGGACUUUCCACGCCAUGCUCCCCAAAAAUAAAAUAGAUGGCGUUGUUCAGAUUUAACGAGAUAAUCACCUAUUUUCUCAUCGCUCGGAAUAUAUAAGUAUUCAAAAAUAUAAUCUAAUGGCAGAGACUUAUAUAAAAAUAAAUGUUGCUUGAUAUUUGGAUCACAUUAUGUAUAGAAUUAUGUUGAUAUCUGUAUUGCUACUCUUUAUUUAAGAUCUCCGGACUCUUUAUUUGAGAUUUACUGUUAGACGAACGGACUCUGUGGUCCAGUGGUCGAGCGUUGGGCUCACGAUCCGGAGAUCCUGGGUUCAAUUCCCGGUGGGAACACAUCACGAAAAUUACUUUGUGGUCCGUAAUUUGGUUAGGGCAUUACAGGCUGAUCACCUGAUUGUCCGAAAGUAAGACGAUCCGUGCUUCGGAAGGCAUGUUAAGCCGUUGGUCCCUGUUACUACUUACUGAUGUAAGUACCUACGUAGUCGUGAUAUGAGUCACCCUGACACCAAGGUUGAUGAGUUUGAUAAUUCACCUCACAACCCACACGAUACAAGAAGAUUUGAGAUCAGAAUAAUAAUGGGCGGAAGAUGUGUUGUGCCUUGGCGUAAUAGAGAGAAGAAAAAGAAAGAAUCAUCAUUUAUACCCAAAAACAAAGAUAAAAGAUGCUUAUGUCUGAUAUCUGUGAAAUUAGAAGGUUAAACGAAGGCAAAUCUGUACAGCGCCAUCUAUAUUGUUCUUUGGGGAACGUAGCUUGGAAAGUAGCUCAUUUUCGUUUCUAAACUAGUUGUUACUUGUACAUUUCUACUGUUAGACGACUUCGUAUUAAGUAGUGUGUAAUAUACCUCGCUCUGCUGGAUGAAAUACCUUCUAUAUUUCAAUUUUAUCAACAGAAAAUUACACAUGACAAAUAGAGCUUGUUUUCUUUACUUUUUUUUUAAAGAAAUUUUGACAAGUUGCUAUGGAAUGUUAAUUUUUUACCUUUUUUACACUUGCCUAAUAUUAUUUUUCCGAAUGUUCAUGAAAUUCAAUUUAAAAAAAAUAAUCAACGAUUACCUGCCUAAUGCAAAAGGAUGGAUGAAGUGAUUGAGAAUAGACACUUACCUACCUAUUUAAGAAUAAAAUAGAAAGCAACCAUUCCCUUAAUACAACAAUUGAAGAAGAAGAAUAAUACUACAAUAAUUGGCUAUUGACAGUUUUUGGAUAAGAUUUUUAAAACUCUAAAAUAUUUUAUUUUCUCAAAAAAGUUUUAUAUUUUAUUACUUAUUUUAAAUUUAAAAUAAUAAAAAUAAUAAUAAUAAAAAAGUUUAUUUGUUUUUUGUUUUUAGUUUGUUUAUGUUUAAAUUUCGCAUGUAAACGAUUGGUCACGUGACAUUUUUGCCCAGUGACGUCACAUUUCAACAAGCAAAGAAACUGUCAGUGUAAUUGGAAACGGGACAGAUAGUUUUUGUUUGUUUUGUGACGUCACACGAAGCUCAAUCAUGGCCGCCCGUAUUUCGCGUUUUGUGAUACACAGAUAAAAAAACCGCAUUCUUAUUUUGUAAAAAUGAUCUUAUUAAAACAAAUCUAUUGGGUAGGUGAUUAUCGUUAAAUGAUAAACUAUCAUAUCCAACCUAUUUCAUAAUUUAUUGUUACAACUGUCAAGUAGUCAAUUGUGGAAGAAAUAUUCUCACACAGCGUUUUUUAUCUGGCGGUUUCAUGCGUACGGCUGAAAACUAAACAGUACGCAUAAAGCCUGUAGCUUCAUAGUAACAACACUAUCUACGUCUGGAGGCUUUGGUAGAGAUAGUCAUUCAUAAAUAAUUAUAUUUAACUAGCUAUUGCCCGCGGCUUCGCAUGCGUGAAAUUCGGGGUAACACGGUUUCCUUUUUCAAAUGUAAGUACCAAUUUUCAGCUUCCACGAAAACUGCAAAAAAUCCCAUACUUAUAAAAUUUCACCCUCUCCCUGAAGGGGAUGGGGGCAGGUUUCCAAAGAAAAAAAUAGGUAUGCACGAUUUUUUGUUAGUCAAAAAUAAUCCGCAUACCAAUUAUUAGCUUUCUACCUUGAAAAUUGCGGAAUGCUCCAUAAAAACUUCCACCCCCGAUUUUAGGGAAGUGGGUAUUAUUAGAAAGAGACAAAAUGUAGCCUAUGUCACUCUCCAACCCUUCAACUGUCUCCAUUUAAAAAAUCACGUCAAUUCCACGUUCCGUUUUGCCGUGAAAAACAGACAAACUAACAGAUACAUACACUUUUUAUUAGUAUGGAUGUUUAUUACAAAUCAAUUUUCUCCAGCAGAGCGGCUAUUAGAACGAAAAAUUAAUGUAUUAGAUAGUAGUUUUAAUGUACUCGUCGUAUUGACGCUAUUUCCUGCAAUUAGGUAAAUGUUUAUCUAUAAAAUGUAAUGUAUUGUUUAAAUAGACUGUGAUCUAGUGUUACUUCACGAGUUUCUAUUUUAAAACUAUUGACUGCAUUGGCCAAUGGAAUUAUCAUUCAAAAGUAACCCAUCUGUAAAAAAAAUUACAUCCCUAGAAAUUGGUUAUCAGCUGCUUACCUAUACAUAUUCAUUUAAGGUUUAAAUUCCUUCUCCAAAGAAAUAAGCUAAAACUUAUUUUUGAUUUAUUUUGACAGCCUUAAAAAUAGUAUAAGUACCUUCCUUAAUUUACUCACGCAUUGAGGCGAUGUUCACACGACACUGGCGGUGAAGUUGAAGUCGCCCUAAGCCGAGGUUCACGCCCAACUGGGCUCCCUCAGGCCUGUUGUCUUAAAUUUUGUAUCGGGUGAGAGCCGUCAUCUGUCCGGCCAAGUAGUUAAUGCCAUUUGCGGCAAAUCUACAAUAAGUCACGUCAAAAAAAGGCGUAGAAGCGGUUGCCAAAGUAAUCUGAUGCCUAACAUACGAAAACCGCGGUGCACCGCUAAAAAAACGUGUGACAAUCGCCUUAAUGCAAGUAAGGGACAGCACUAGAUUUAGAACUGUCAAAGUUACUUAAGGUACUAAAACGAAAUCGAUCCGCAAAACUAGGUAAGUACGUUUUCCCUAACAGGGAUGUAUUGUUGACCAAAAGUCUUUAAAUGUCAUCUAAAAAUCACUUUUAAAAUAGAAAAUCGUCUCUUGGCCUGUGAAUAAGGUAAAAGUAUGAAAUUAAGACAUUUUUCAUAAGUUACGAAACGAACUCUACCAAUUAUUUUUAUAAAAACUUAUUUAUUACUAUUUUAAACUUGUUUCUACUAUGUGUUUAGAUGCAGGAUUUGUAAAAAAGACAUUCUAUCAAACUUUGACGUCAUACUUUCGUGCAUAUUUCAUGCGUCUUAAUCCAAAGUGGAAUCAAGUUAUUACUAACUUUGUUGUAUUUUGUCGAGUCGAAAGUAUUAUGAUGCUAGUCGAUUAGUUUUCGUUAUAAAAUAAAGUUGUAUUUUGGGUUAUAGCUAUUUGACAUUAUGCCGUGCUUUAUAAUACGUAUUUAUUUUGAUUCUAAUACAAGUAUUUUGUCAAAUCGCAAUACAAGGUGGAAUAUUGACAAAGUCAAAAAACCAAGUGUUGUAAUUUUUGCUGUAUUUAUUUUACUAACUUUAAAAACACUUCCAAUUAUUAUGGAAUCGUGCGAACACUGUCUCACUGAGUACCUAGAUAGAUUCGAUGCAAAUAAUUCUUUACGACGAUGUUGAUUUUCCAUCCAUUGAAACGAAAACUUUUCAAAACACCUUGUAUUAAUGCUAUUAAUUUAGUUUACCAAUAAUCGGCAUAAUGUGUAUUAUUGCGAGAAAGUUGCGUCCAUUCGCUUAUGAAGCCUUUAUCGUGCAAUAUGUAAAUGUAAAAUAGUUACCAACUAUUUAUUUAAAACAUUUGGCUGUUUUUGACUGACAGUAAAUAUACAACAUCAUAAGGAAACCCACAUUCCCGAGAAAUGAAUUUUCGAAGGUUUCCCUUCGCAGGUUGGAAGGUCCAACCCGUAGUAUUCCCAAUACCUUGCAGUAACUUGUCUAUCAGUUCCGCACUCCUACAUAUCUCACCUCUCACACUUCAUCUAUCUCUUUUUAUGUCCUUCUUUUACUCUUUUCAUCAUAAUUAUUGCCUAUAUUAAAUUUCCUACAGAGUAAGUAUACAGAGUAAAAAGGAACUCAAAUAACUUUAGGUCAUCAUCAUCAAUUUAAGAGCCACGCUCUUGUCGGUGUAGCAUUUUCCAUUCCAGUCUAUCAAAGGCCAAUUCCUUGACUUCCCUAUAAGACACGACGUUAACCUUUUCUUUAAUCUGUUCCAUGUAAGCUCUUCUUGGUCUUCCCCUUCCUCUCUUUCCUUCUAGUUUUCCUUCUAUGAUGUUUUUAAUGAAUUCGUCGUGUCUUAUUAGGUGUCCAAUCAUCUUGCCUCUUCUGUCCUCAAUAAUUCUCAGUAUUUGUCUCUUUUCCCUUACUCUUACCAGCACUUCCUCAUUUGUAACCCUUUCUGUACAACUUAUUCUUAAAAAUAUUUUAUUGACGUUGUUAUCAAAAACAGCCAAAUCAAUGAGUAAUGAAGCUUUAAAAAGUGAUUUUAUUGAACAGUACAAUUUUAUUUACCAUGUAUGAUUAAAUUAAUUAUUUUAACGAAAUGCUAUUUUUAUAUCGAAGUUGUAUUCAUUUCCUUAGCUUGUAACAUUUAUUUGAAAUAUUAUAAAACCCAUAGAUGAGAAAAUAUGUACUGUCUUAUCAUAAUAUAAUAUGUAUGUUUCUGUCUAUCUUACACUAUUUCAAAUUCAAAUAUUAUCUUUAUUCAAUAGGUAACAAACAUAGUACACAUAGUUACACUUUGAGCAUAACGUAACUUAAACAGCCUAAAUACAUCCCACUGCUGGGCACAGGCCUCCCUUCAAUCAACCGGAGGGGGUAUGGAGCAUACUCCACCACGCUGCUGCACUGCGGACACUUUGAAUCGUUAUUUUUACAUAACAAACGUCUCAUCUGCCUAAAACUACUGCGGCUUCUCACAACCUGUAUAGCCGGGGAAAAGAAGCUGCAAGAAAAACCUUGGCAUUUAAAAGCACGUUGGAAAUAUGUAACUUGUUCAUCAAAUUGAUAAGUACAAAGUAAAAAAAUACGUGAUGAUGAUGAUGAUGAAAAAAAAAAUAUAACACGACCCCGUAUGUUGCCUGUUAACUCAGGUCGACAUGUGUGCAGUAACAAAAGUGCUAGUUGUGGUUGUGCGAUAGGUACCAAAGAAGUAAAAAAAAAGAAAAGAAGUGUAGUAAGAAGUAAUGACGUGGAAAGUUUUCUAACACGAUCGUUGCCUCAUAUAAAUAAAUAAAUAUGCUCGUUUUGUGCAUAUUCCGGACCCACCGUCUAUGCUCCCGCCUUCUCUAUUUUUAUUUUUUAUUUUAUGUUUAUUAAACAAACGUUUCUCUUCUCUAUAAUAAGAACUCUGUGUAUUUAAUCAUCUGUGGGUUUUAAUAUCCUAUUAAGAAUUCGUACCAUUAGUUGAACUUAAUUUGGCCGCGUUGAAAGUUAAUGGAAUGUGUACUAUUCACUUGACUAAUUUUAUUGAACGGAGCUUUUGGAAAGCCUUGACUGUGAAUAUUGGUGUCAAAAUAUGUGCAAUUUUUACUGUUGUUAAUAGAUCUAUGUCGCUUUCACACUCUUUGAAUAAAAAACAUUAUAGUUAGCAUUUUAUUUUGUAUUGUCCAGUCCUGUACCAUUCAUAACCUUUUUUAAUUUAGUUUGACAUCUUUGAAAAAUAAUGCCUUCCUUCACUUGCACUUGGUACAAGAAAGAGAUGGCGCUAGUUUCAAAUUGACAAACUAAAUUAAUAUUGAAUGUGAAAUUUAAAUUAUGCAUUUUAAUAAUUGUACAAAAGACAUUGGAUCCGAUUUAGCUAUCAAUAAAUUUAUGCACUUGUUUCAAUUUAAUUUGAUUUCAUUUUUAAUUUUUCGUAACGUCAAAUAAGAAUGUGAAAGUGACAUUAAAUAGAUUUCAGAUGUUGUGACAAAUAGACUUAAAUAAAUUAUUGUGACAUAGUGUAAUAACAUCUGUACUGUGAACUGCAAACUACAAUUUCGUACGAACAUUUUAUCUUUUCGUUAAAGUUCGGAUUUUACGAGGUAACCUAUAACAAUAAAUCAUUUCUAAUUAAUAGUUUACAAAUAAAUAUUAUUCCAAAGA